ACAACCGCGCGGCGAUAUUCUAAAAAGAAGAGAGACUGGAGAUGUGCAUGUAACGCGAGAAGCUUCGAGUUAUUUAUCGGUUUUGAUAUUUAGAUUUUUAUUUUUUUUAGAAAACAUAUAUCAACGUAAUUGUCAUACCAUGAUGCAUAUCGGACAUAUAGCCAGAAAGAAAAAUUGAAUGAGGUUUGCGGGCUGCAUCUAAAAGCGUUUUCCAGACUGACUCAAAAGUACCUCAGAGAAGCUGCUGAAACUAAGUGUAUCAUUAGUGAUUAGUUACCUUAUGAACGCUACAUGUUUUUGGAUUAUGCAGCAUAUUGCUCGUUGUAGACCAACGCAAAGCACUAGUUAGCAAGCUUCUUAGAUACGGCUCUCCGGCAGUCGUGCUUGCCUGUGUGUGUGUAUAUAUAUAUAUAUAUAUAAGGCGUACCAUAGUUAUACAGGGACCAAUACGAUUAAUUAAUGUAGGUGUGUAGUACGGGGCUCACGUACAUUAAUAGUAGUAAGCGGCUAAUUACUCACCGUAUUUGCGGUCUACUGAAGUUGAAGGCCAGUCCAACAUGGCCACACUUUCCACACGGUGCUCAAAAGACUCUACAACGCCCAUAUGUUUGAAUCUCGCGCGACCCCAGGUGUUGAGGAGCGCAAACGCCAGCGUGCACAUAUCAUUGAGGUCUAUAGGUGCCUUUUCCACUGAUGCUGGAAUGCUGCUUAGGAAAAAUAUGAAGUUGCUUCGGCAACUUAUUCUUAAGGACACAACAGAGUUUAAAAAAGUUUGGACAAGACAUUCAAAAUCCCCAAUUGCAUAUGAAAGUGGGAAGAUUUAUUUUGAAAAUUACCGGUGCUGCUUCAGUAGUAUUCCUCCAAAUCCACAAUUCCUGUACGAAUUACCCAAAGUAUCUAAGGCAGAGAAGAUUGAAGAUGCUCUGCUGUGCCAGUGUCCUCUUGAGAGAGUACUGCCACAAUCAUCAGACCAAAAGCCCUGCCUCUUGGCACUGACAGCAAAUAACUGGCUGUAUCGCUAUUCAACAAAGACAGGAGAACAGCUGCAGAAAGUUUAUCUCUCUCCACGCUAUAAGUUCAGGUACCUUGGUUGGGAUGUUCCCCAGGAAACAUUCUACAUUAAGUCUGUUCAGAAUAAACCAUCCGUCAUGGCAAGGCAGGCUGGUCUUGAUAACAACACCAUAAUAUACUUGGCUGUACUCAGUGUUUUUCCCCUGGAGGCGUUGGCUGUUCUGGAGAUCAACAAAAAAGCAUUUGGAGCCACCGUCGUGGAUGUGUUACUGUCUCAAGGUCUUUUGGUGGUUUCUCACAGCACUAAGGUUGUGAAGCUCUACAGUUUUGAGAACAUUGUUGAUAAGUAUAUGACAAAGAGGCUGAAACUUGGACAGCACUGUGAGUGGGGCAGUGUCACCGGAACCGUGGGCGAAUCACCUUUCGGCAUUCCAGUCAACCUCCACAUCAGUGAGCACCCUCCAGUACUGUUUGAACUGGCUUGCUUGGACAACAACAUACAGAUCGGCGGUCAUCCGUGGCAUGUCAUCUACACACCAAAGCACAAGAAGCACCGAGGAACCUACCACAUAUGCUCCCUCAAGGACGGCUCCCUGGCACAUAAUGGGAUACAGGACAUGCAGUGUUGUUCCCUGGAGUCUGACUGGAUCUACUUCCAUCCAGAUGAUUCUGGUAGAAUCAUCCAUGUGGGUCCCAGCAGAAUAAACGUGUUGAAGAUCCUAAAAGCUCAUGGAUACGUCUCACAAUAUGAGGUUGUUGAAGAAUUUUCCAUCACAGCCCAACGGAACAAUAGCGCUGUCACCCAACCCAGUGUGACCUUUUCAGGUCGAACUGUGAAGAGAAGGUUUCAAGAACUGGAUGAUGAUCCUGAGAAAGAGACCUUCAAGGUGGUGGAGUAUGAGGAUGAGCUGGACCUGUUGGCAGCCGUUGAGGUGAUCGUGAGGGAUGAGAUCGGAAAGGCUUAUGUUGGUUUAUAUGACAACCAGAACGGAACAUUAUGGAAGAAGAAUCAGUUGCUUGAAGCCUGGGAUGUGACUUACAGUCACGAGUUUUUCUUUGACCGAGACACAAUGGUUCACAUUGCACAGGAGAAGAGUAAUUUCUGCUGUCAUGUCUACAAAAUUACCCACAGACAAGAAGAUAUUGAAGAGCAGUUAGAGGAAUCACCAGUGAAACGACACACGUGUAUCUGAGCUGUGUCAUUACUCACACAAAACACUGAAAUGCUAUUUUAUACGUUAAAACUAAAAUGACAUGGUUAUACUUUAAAUAUGAAUUACAAGCAUGUAUUUUUUAUUAUAUCUAGAAAAUAUGCUAUUAUAAAGAUGUUUUUCAAUUUUUGCUGAUUUUGAUUGUAAAGAUAUGUGGAUUUUUUGAUGUGCUGUGGCAAUAAGCCUUGCUAGAUCAGUAUAGUUUUUAAAACCGCUGAAUAAAUGCAAGUCUUCCCUGCAGAGAUUGAUGGAGUAGGGUGUGAGUGUUUUCUGUCAUGUAUUCAUGUUUAUGUACACUAAAUUGUUUAUUUAAGGUAAGGCAACUUGUAGCUUGCAUGUACUUAGCGCCCACAGCAACACAUUAUGUAGAUUUACGUUUCACUUUAUAUGUAGACUACUUAUAACUAUAAACGAUUCACUAUUUAUUUUCUGUUUAGUUCUUAAAGCAUUGCGUAAACAUUGUUAAAAAACUCAGUCUACCGUAAAUGACAUUUCCAUAUUGUUAUAAACCUUUUUAUGGCAAAAACAUGAAGCUUUACCAUGUAUUUUCUGCUACGUAAACAACUGCUUGCACAGUUUCUAUUUGUUUUGAGAGUCGUUUUUAAAUAAUUUUUAACCUGAUCGUAGUAUGUCAAACUAUUACAAGUGCUUUACUUAUCUAUUCCUUCACAUUUUUCAGGCACAAAUUUGGUUUAUCGCAAGGGACUUAUAAGUGACCCAUCCCCCAGUGCAGCCCUCUUGAAUAUUAUCCUCUAGUUUCCUCUCCUUUCACUAGUCAGGAAGUGCCUUCUUUUCUUCCACUGAGUCUGUGUUGAACUUCUGCCUUGGAAUCAUCGCAUGAUGACAACCAGUGUAUGUUAGCUAUGUUCCCAGCUAGAUUUGAAGGUGAAAAUCUCGUUAGUUCCUGUUUGAAAUUUGUCACCAAAUGUGAACCCGAGUAAUGACACAAGGGUGAAAACAACUUUGCACCAGUCUGUUCACAAGGAAAAUUACUUUCAAACAUCAUACAGAAGUGAAUUUUUAGUGGCCCAAACCCUUUAAACUCCUUGACUUCUAUUUGGAAAUCAUCAGAUAAUGUUAACCUUAUAAUAAGUAAUAUUUUUGUUUUUAUGUAAUAUUUUGUGUUGAAUAUGGUUAGACCCUUGGAUUUUUGCUUGGAUAUGUAUGAUCAAGUAAUGAAAACCAAUACAAACAUAAAUACCUUUUAAUGGGUGAAAAUAGACAAGUCAAUAUUAUUUUUGGAUGUAAUUUUUCAUCAUGCUUAAGUGAAUUUCCAUUUGAUUACAGUAUUUUGUUCAUGCUGGCUUAUACCUGGAAGAGUUUAGGUUGGAGUAUUUAAGUCCUU